AAUGAACAUCUGAAGCCCGAAAGCAAAAAGAUCAUUAUUUGGGGAAUGGAGAAGAAGCUCCUCUCCUACAGACGCCAUUAACAACAUCCUCUUAAGCUUCUGCGAUUCUCUCCGUUCGUCGGAAGCUUUCACGACGAUUUUUCAAUCCUUAUCCGAACCGGAGGUAGAAAUCAUGUCGGACGCUUUGAUCAAUGGAUUGGCUGGAGCUGGCGGUGGGAUCAUUGCUCAGCUUCUCACUUAUCCUCUUCAAACUGUAAAUACGCGCCAACAGACGGAGCGGGAUCUGAAAAGGGAGAAGAGGAAACUUGGAACUAUCGAACACAUGUGUCAGGUUGUCAAACAAGAGGGAUGGGAGAGAUUAUACGGUGGAUUGGCACCGUCUCUCGCUGGAACGGCAGCAUCACAGGGUGUGUACUACUACUUCUACCAGGUGUUUCGGAAUCAAGCUGAAGCCACAGCUCUUGCACGGAAGAAGAAAGGGUUGGGUGACGGAUCAGUUGGGAUGUUUGCUUCACUUUUAGUGGCUGCCUUUGCUGGGUACAAUAGAAAUUCUAUUUGUGAUUUUUUUCUGUUUGCUAGUUGUUGAUCUGUUACAAUGCG